AUGGACGCCAUAGCUGUCAAUGACCCUCGGGUCAAGUACCAGACAGCGAACCUAAACGGUGUAGAGUACAAGUACAUCCUUGCAGAGCCGGCAUCUGGUAAUGUAGUCGGUACUAUUUUCCUCAUCCACGGAUGGCCAGAUAUGUCCCUUGGAUGGCGCAACCAGAUCCCGUUCCUUCUCUCCAAGGGUCUCAGAGUUGUCGCUCCGGAUAUGAUGGGAUACGGAGGUACUGCUGCGCCUGAAGAUGUGAACUUCUACACUUUCAAGCGCGCCUCAGAUGACAUCGCCGCGCUCGCGAGCCAUCUUGGUGUGUCGCGCAUCAUUCUUGGCGGACACGACUGGGGUGGUGCUGUUGUCUACCGUGCAGCUCUGUGGCAUCCCGAUCUGGUCUCGGCUUUCUUCGUCAUCAGCACACCGUUUGCUCCCCCACGUGUUACCUACGUCGACCAGGCCAUCGCUCUGCCUACUCUGCGCUACCAGUUGCAAUUCCGUAGAGACGACAUCCAGGACUACAUCGGGCUCAGCGAUUCACAGAAUGCCACUCGUGUACGACAAAUCCUGAACACCAUCUACGGUGUGAGGCUUCCCAACGGCCAAUCGGCCUUCAACUCCAGCGGAAAUGGACUCAACCUGCAGCUGCUCGAUGGUGUGACGGAGGACACGCCGUUGUUGAGCAAAGAAGAGCUAGAUUACUAUGUGGAAAACUAUGUCAGCGACCCCUUCAACCGGACGCUGAACUGGUACCGUACCGGUGAACUUAACUGGAAGGAUGAGAAGGUCUUCGUGCCUUGCAACACUACGUUCGUGGAGAAGUACGCGCAGCCUGCACUCUAUAUCGGCGGAUCUCUGGAUACGGCGCUGCCUCCGAUCUUGUCGACCGGGAUGGAGACCUACUUUGACAGCUUGUCCCGCGGGGAGGUCAACGGCACACAUUGGGUGAUGUGGGAGAAGCCUGAGGAGGUGAAUAGUUUUGUUGGCAACUGGUUGACUGGCUCAGUGCUGGGGAACCUGACUGUUGGCUUGAACCUGACCGCAGCUGGGAGCGCUCUAGCUCUUCAUUAA